UGAUUCACGAAAAUACGAAACAAAGCGCGUCCCGUAUCAGUUCAACACGGAACACGUCUUUUAGUUUCCAAUUAUGGGAUGAUUCCGUAUUUUAUGGGACGGCUACGAAACAGCACGGACGUGCAGCGCGGUCAUGUCCCCGGCACAGCACCCACCCACACACGCCCAUUUCGAUUCUGAUUUGGCGCUAAUCCAGCCUGAACUCUCAUACUUUCGAUUACUGAAUUAGAGAAAAGCACGGCUGUAAUCCGUCAUAAGAGCGGGUGGUUUAGUGAAAAUUGUCUUUUUUACUUCCGGAGCUUGGCACAGCGGCGCGCUCGAUGCUGCGGGGGUCCUGGAGAGGGAUACUCGCCCUAAUCUUCAGCAUCUGGGCGUCGGGGGCAGAUGGGGCAGACCUGCUUCCUGCGCCGACGGGUGUGGCUCUCAGGUGGGUGGAUGACUUCUGCGUAAACCUCACCUGGAACCCCCCUGCUGGGUUGGAUAUGGUCAGCUGUGUUGUCACCUACCUGGUGGAGAAACAGGUUGGGCAGAAUUCCACGCUUGUUAUACGAAAAGAUCUGUUUUAUGACACUUGUGAGCUGGACCGGAGGAGGGAGGUGAAUUUCACAGUGAAGACCCGCUGCGGAUCGCAACAGGACAGCCAGGCCGCCUGGCUCAGCCUCCCUCCAGCUGAGGAGCUGGUGAGGGAUUUUCGCUGUGUUUACUACCAGUCAGAACUGAUGAACUGCACCUGGCAACCCGUGAGCGGGGUGUCUGACCUGCGACUCCACUACAGGCCGGUGAGUGGAGGAGUGUUGGAGCCGUGCAGAGUGCAGUUUCUCUCCGGAGAUCAGAGGACUGGCUGUCACCUGAACACGUCCUUCCUGCACGGCCUCAACCCCAGCGACGUCUACUUCCUCUUCAGUGCAGCGAAGGGGUCCUCUGUGCUCAGAGACACUUUCAAAAUCGUGCCCAACAAACACGUUAAAGUCCCACCCCCUGUAGUGAUGAUCCAAUCAGAUGGCAAGACUCUGAAGUGGGACCCACCCAUAGGGUUUGAUCCUCACUGCUGGGAUUAUGAAUACAAGUACAGCAAGUCGGAGCGGGUUCAGGUGAUCAUCCAGGAGACGCAGGCAACUGUGCCGGCGGCGCGUGGGAGGCGGGACAGCGUCCAGGUGAGGGCCGUCUACUCCGACCGCUGUGGAGACGGAGGCAGUGAGUGGAGCCAGGAAAUGCUAUACGGAGAGCCAGCGGGCUGGGAUUCCCACAUCGCUCUCGGUGCCGUCGCCGUGGGCGUCAGCAUCGCUGUGGCUGUGAUUCUUGUACUCCACAGGAGACUGCAGAGGCACUUCCACUCCCAGGUUCCAGACCCAAAGAUGGUGAUUAAAGGCAUGUUUGGCACAGAGGAGGAGAGCCAGGGCUUAGAGCGGAAUCUGCUGUUUGUCCCUCAGGAGGAAGUGGUGAGUGUCAUCACUGCUGUAGAGCGAGCAGUGCCACCUGCUGGUCACUCACCGACACUGCAAGCUGCUGCAGUCACAUCCUGAAGAUCCCUGUUUGAACAGGAGCAGCUUCAGACCCUCAGCCUGAGCCUGAUCUGGCCAGCAGACGCCUUUCCUGCUCACUCUGUCAGAGCUCUCCGUAGGACUGUCCCCCCACAAACACAAAACCCUUUCCAAAGAUUUAAAAAAUCUCAACAU